AUGGUUGAGAUCUUUGAUCCAACAUAUACAAGAAGCCAGCGGAGUAUCUACAAAGAAAGAGCCAACAACAUCUACGAAGACAAUUCUGCAUGUGUCACUCAACUCAAAGAAGGCUACAUCAAGAGCGACAGGACAAAACACAUCCCUCCAAGAUUUUUCUCCUACACUCAAGAACUCGAGAAGAAUCAAGAAGUGGAUAUUCAGUAUGUUCGCUCAAGUGACAACGCAGCUGAUCUCUUCACAAAGGCGCUUCCUACUACAGUGUUCAAGAAGCAUGUUCAAGUAUUGGAAUGCGUCGUCUACAAGAUUUGUGAAGAGAAGACUAUAUCUAUUUUCAGGGGGAGUUUGCUUCGCGAAUGGACAGAGCUACGCGGCAGCGGCAGAUCCGCCACAGAAGCUAGGGUUUCUCUCGUUCUCGCUCUCGCCUCUCAGGCUUCCUCUGCCUCUCAACGCCUCUUGGCUGAUUUGGCGGUGGAGACUGCGAAAUACGUGUUUCCGAAGAGAUUCAAUAGCUCAAAUCUGGAAGAAGCGUUGAUGUCUGUUCCGGAUCUGGAGACGAUGAAUUUCAGAGUUCUUAGCAGGACAGACAAAUACGAGAUUAGAGAAGUCGAGCCUUAUUUUGUGGCCGAGACUACAAUGCCAGCGGAAAAUGGCUUCAAGGUCUUUCAACGUGUUAGCUGA